AUGGACUUUAUUGCAACAAUUGUUUUUCUCGUAUCUGUCAAAUGCGUUCGAAGGAGGAGACUGCGUCCCUCAAGCAUGUGAACUUUCCGCCGGACAAUUAACGAGUUUCUUGUGAAAUAACGCCAGAAUGGAAGAGUGACGAGAUUGUCGCCGGUCGCGUCUCCUUAUUUGAGCUCUGAAUGGUGAAGAAGAAGCGGAGGAGCCCACGACGGUAUCCUGUAUCCUGUUCGUCCUCCUCGAUCCUAGUCGCCAAGUCCAACUUUAGGCUUAAGUUUGGGUCCCCUGUCAUACACUAAGGAAGACAAGAUGGGCCUACAUGGCCUACUGUACACAGAACCAGUAACCCUAUGACUGUUAUUCACUAGUCGACUGUUGUUGUCCCCUAGUCACUCAACAGUCUGCUCCUGCAUGCAUUGGGCAUUGUGGGAUGUCAACAGCAGCAGGUAUGGCACCCAGGUUUUCAGCCAUGUCAGGGCCUUGUAAGAUUUGCUUUAAAGCCGCUAAGUGGCUGCCUGUGCUCUUCAUCGUGAGUGUUGUGGUGUGGUCGUAUUAUGCCUACGUUAUCCAGCUUAACUUGCUUACUGUUGAUAGCAUAAUUGAAAAAUCUUUCUACCUUUUACUGUAUCACUUUCUGUUGGUCCUUUUCCUGUGGGCAUACUGGCAGACAAUUUUCACAGAUAUUGGAAGAGUCCCAAAACAGUUUCGGUUGCCACCUGCGGAACUAGAUCGAUAUGAGUCUGCUGAAACUGAUGAAGCUCGGCGUGCUGUUUUAGAGGGAUUCACACAAAAACAAAACCUGCCAGUCUACAAUCGCACAAUGACGGGUGAUAUUCGCUACUGUGAAAAGUGUGUUCAAAUCAAACCCGACCGGUGCCAUCAUUGUUCAGUGUGUGGUGAGUGUGUGCUAAAGCUUGACCAUCACUGUCCUUGGGUAAACAACUGUGUAGCCUUUACCAACUACAAAUUUUUCAUCCUAUUCCUUGGUUAUGCCCUACUGUACUGCCUGUUCAUUGCAGCAACAACACUACAGUACUUCAUCAAGUUCUGGAAGAACCAGUUGGAAGUGCCAGCAAAAUUUCACAUACUGUUUGUUUUCUUCGUUUCUAUAAUGUUUGCCAUCAGUCUGGUUUCAUUGUUUGGCUAUCAUAUCUUUUUAGUGGUCAAAAACAGAUCCACUUUAGAGUCAUUUCGUGCCCCCAUCUUUCAACUUCGAAAUACUUGGGUGCAAGACAAAGAUGGCUUUAGUUUAGGGGCUUUUAACAACUUCAUCGAAGUUUUUGGAGACAACAGAAGUCUUUGGUUCUUGCCUUUGGCCUCCAGUCUAGGGGACGGCGUAAGUUACCCAGUGCGCGGCCAACCACCUCCUCCAUCUGCCACUACUACCACUACUACCCCAGUGCAAUCCUAUGGCAGCACACAGACCAGGCUGUACAGAGAUAUGUGUGUAUGGGAGACUGCAUUUAAAGAGUUGCAAGCCAGCCUUGGAGAUGGGGUGACUUACCCCCAGCGUUGUGUGGAUGAAGACACAGAUGACCUCCUUGGAGCACGCCAACGAUGGGCUGAAGACGAAGAGAAUGAACUGACAGCUGGGUACAUCAACAACCAUGCUCAUGCUUUGGAGGAAGUUGUCGUACAAGCCAAUCACACCAACCCUGUUUAAAUCUGGAGAAGUUUGCUGGAGAGCAGAUCGUUGGGAUCAUGUCUUAGUCUUAAGAUGGCUUUAAUUGCGCUGCCAAAUUUACUCAAGGCCGCUUUAGAGGCAUUGUGGAAUGAGAACUUGUUCCUUUGAGAAUGUGUUGAUAUUUUGACUUGUGAAUUCAUGGUUUUCGUUUAAUAAUGUUGUUUGAUAAAGAAAAGAUAGCACAACAGUAGUUGAGCUAUGGUAUUGAAAUAGUUGUGGCCUUGAUGUUUCUGUUUCUUACUUUUAAUUCUUGCAUUUGAGCAACAUAAUUCACUGUUGCAUUGCCAAGCUUUUAUUUUAUUUUAUUUUAUUUUAAAGAGUUACUAAAUACUAAGAAUAUUUUGUCAAUAUGCAGACAUACAAACUUAUGAUAUUUAUAGAUUAAAAGGAAAUAAAAUUCCAUCCUAAAAAUAGCAGUGAAAACUUAAAAGUGUGGAUAAUAAAUGGACCUUUUGUGUUUAAGGGAAUAAGGUAUACUGUAAAUAAGUUUUGACAAGUAAUGUGCAACAAAAGGGCAAAGCAUUAUUAUGUAAACAAUAACUAGAACUGCAUAACAUUUACAGUACUUUGCACUGUUCAUCUAGGUUUACACUAAGUAAUGUGGUUUCACAAAUAAUUGUAUAGAAAUCUUAUUUAAUUAGGAAGUCAUAAGAAUGCUCAUCUUAGCAGGUGAUCCAUUUGUAUUCUCUUUCAUUGGUCUCAACCUUAUGUCUCCCCGCCACUAGGGAGACUGAGGAAAGUUUCUCAUGCAUGUGUUAGGCCCCGUUGAGCAUUCUCAAACCAGGUUGGGCUUAAUAAUGGAUGAUGUAUCUAUAUAGCCUGUUGACUUAUUAACAUUGAGUCUGUAUUGAAUAUCUCAAUAACUUUUUUUGAAUGUGAAGAGGAAAAAUGGUGAAAUGUAUUGCUGCUCUUGAUUGUGUAUGUUUGUUUGUAUAUUUGAUAGGGAGUGAAUAUUUUUAUUUAUGAUGUAUGGUUUUAUAUGACUUACUAGCCUUAAGAUAGAUUGAUUGUAUGAUAUACAGCAGCGUGUCAGUUUGGUCUGAUGAUUGUCAUCAUGGCUUGGUAGUGACUUCACACUUACAAUAAUAUUCUCCAUAAUUGUGAGAUUUAGCAUCGUUUUCAGACACAAAUAUAUGAAUAAAGUUUUUAAUUACA